AUGGCGUCCUCCAAGGAAAUAACACACACCUCGCGGCCUCUCACGCACCGGCCCUCAAUCUCGUCGACCUCGGUCCCUGGUGGGCUUACACUCGGCCGACAGUCCCAUUCGCGAAAUAACUCGCACUCGCUCCUCGGCAGCGCUCUCAAUGGCGCCCACCGCAUUACUCGCCGCAAGAGCAUGACAAACACAGGUGCCAACGUGGCGGCCGUGGCGGCGGCUCUGCAGGAAUCCGGGGACAUGGCCAUGCCGCUCCCCAUCUCGGUCAACGCCCGCCGACACACCAUAUCCAAGAACGGACUCUCGCGGCCCGCGAUUGUAGGGAGCCUGCCGUCGCCGCCGGCGAGCCUUCCGACUCGCAGGUUCGUGACAGGAAACGGCAUGGCCGGCGUGCAGGAAAGCGCAAUCGACGACGAACUCAACGACGUUUCCGGAGAUGACGCCGAAUCGGCCUUCCAAAAGGCCCGCGUGAGGAGGGCUAGCGACGGCCAGCCGCUGGUCAAGGAAGGUGGCCGGAAGAACAACCGCCCGGAACUUCGCUGUGAGAAGUGCGGGAAGGGAUACAAGCAUAGCAGCUGCUUGAACAAGCAUUUGUGGGAGCAUACUCCCGAAUGGUCCUACACUUCCAAGCUCUUGAUCUCCAAGCACCAGCAAGUCCAGCUCCUCGAGGCCGCCUCGGUCCUGGUUGCCAUGAACAACAGCGCAAGUAGCAACAAUGGAGCUGCUGCUUCUGCUGCUGCUGCCGCCGCCGUCCCGACAACCACGACCCCUCCGGACUCUGCGCGGGAUUUCAUUAGCGACCGGGAUUCCGCAUCCCCUGCAGCGAGCGGGUACUCGGAGCAGCCGGACCGCGGAUCUGCCGACACGACCCCGCCGCCGCAGCUAGACGCCAUCCACCCGGCCAACGCGCCCUACAGGAGCUUCGGAAAAAGGUACAGUAGCGGAAACGGACUGUCCCGAUCGUACCAGACGGCGCCGUACGCCAGUUCCGCUGCCGGCAGCGUGCCCAGCGUUUCGGGCUUUGGGCACUUCCGGCAGUUCAGCCAGGACGUGAGGCCCACGUCGUCGGGCAGGAAUGCCACGGGACAGGAUGACCGCGAGCUCGCCGCGGCCGUGGAGCUGCUUAGUUGCAGCUUCAACAGCAACGGAGGGUCCCGAACAAUGGUCCACCUGGCCGCCGACGCGCCGCCCGUCCCCCCGCUGCCCGCGCAGUACCUCGACCAGGGUAUGUUGUCUGGUACCAGUUUCAUCAACAGCUACCCUAGCAGGGCUCCCGAGAGCUUCACCCGCGGUGAGCUGCCACGGGUCGACGCCAAGAUGGAGGAGAGCGGCGAGAGCGCCAUGGACGACGACGACGAAGACAUGCGGUCCCGGGCUCGGAGCGAUGAGGAGGAGGACGGCGUCUUUGGGAGGAUGGAAGAGUGA